CUGCAUUUUGUCGCUGGUGGAAUUCUGGAAGCAAAGGAGCAAUUUGCGACGGCAUGUAGAGAUUGUUGGUGUGGUUGAGUGAAUCAAAUGGUUCUAUAAUUAGGUUUGCAUUCUGCAUUUCACUCAGCAAUUCCAGUCAGUAAUCACCACUCAAUCAUCACGCAACAAGUUAAAGAAUUAGGUCAUGGCGCCUCCACCGGUUCUGGCUCUAGCGCUGCCGUCGGAAACGGGUCGGGUUCUCAGUAUUCAGUCGCACACUGUUCAGGGAUACGUCGGCAACAAAUCAGCUGUCUUUUCUCUACAAUUACUUGGAUAUGAUGUAGAUCCAAUAAAUUCAGUUCAGUUUUCAAACCACACAGGAUAUCCUACUUUUAAGGGCCAGGUCUUGAAUGGAGACCAACUUUGGGAUUUAAUCGAGGGCCUUGAAGCUAAUAAUUUGUUGUACUACACACAUCUACUUACAGGUUAUAUUGGUUCAGUCUCCUUCUUGAAUACUGUUCUACGAGUUGUGAACAAGCUUAGGUCUGUCAACCCCGGACUUACAUAUGUGUGUGAUCCAGUUUUAGGUGAUGAAGGAAAACUGUAUGUUGCCGAGGAAUUAGUAUCCGUAUAUCGAGAAAAGGUUGUCCCUGUUGCUUCCAUGUUGACUCCGAAUCAAUUUGAGGCUGAAUUGUUGACAAAAUCCAGGAUUGUAUCUGAGCAAGAUGGCAGGGAGGCAUGCAACAUUAUUCAUGCUGCCGGACCAUCAAAGGUUGUCAUAACAAGCAUAAAUGUAGAUGGAGAGCUUCUCCUAAUUGGCAGUCAUCAGAAAGAGAAGGGGCAACCACCUGAGCAGUUCCGAAUCCCAAUUCCCAAAAUUCCGGCUUAUUUCACUGGAACAGGAGAUCUUAUGACUGCACUUUUGCUUGGAUGGAGCAAUAAAUACCCUGACAACCUUGGCAAAGCUGCAGAACUUUCUGUAUCAAGUGUGCAGGCGCUUCUGGUUAGGACAGUUGAAGACUAUAUGAGGGCUGGGCAUGACUGCCAGUCGAGCAGCUUAGAGAUUCGUUUGAUCCAGAGUCAAGUUGAUAUCCGAAACCCUGAAAUCAAAUACAGGGCUGAGAUGUACAACUAAGAAGUCGACCAAAUCCAUACAACCAAACAGCCACAUUACAUUAGGCUGGGGCAAAUAUGAAAAAGAGGAAAUUGAGGACUUUAGUUUCUUUCAAAAGUUAAAUAAAUGAUCUUAUGUUGUACUACCAAAUUUCACUUUUCCCUUUUCCCUUUUCAUAUUGGUGUAAUUAACUCGAAAGGUAGUGACUAGUGAGCAUCAAAAGUUUCCAUCAA